CUAAAAAAAAUAUAAUUUGACUCAUGUAUUAUAUGAAAUUAAUUAGAUAAAUUUUGAUGCGGGUUUUUUAAAAUACAUAGUGUAAUUCCUGACAGAGGUGUAUAACCUAUUAUGAUUUUACCCGAGAGAAGCCGGGACGAGCCGCUUAAUAAAUAGCAUUUUACAUUUGGUUCCAGAAUUUUAAAACUUCCUAAAGUUAUCAUCGUUGUAAACAAAUAAUGAACUAAACAUUAUCAUAAUAAUAAUAAAAAUAUAAUACAAUCGGUUUGUAAGGUUAGCAAUAAAAUGGGCCGCGACGCCACAAACGGAGCGCUUGCGUUCGCCCUUAUUUACUUCACUUUCUUUUUGGACAACGUGCUGCUAACGGUACUUGUGCCAAUAAUCCCUGACUGGGUGAGAGGCGAAGCUCUAGAGUUGUGGACCAAGAAUGAAGCACCGCUGGCCAUUCUCCUUAACAGUACUGUACAUCAGAUUCAAGUCGAGGAUACUUCUGUAGGCGGAUCUCAAGCCAUAGUCGGACUAGUGCUAGGCGCGAAGGCCGCAGCCCAGCUCAUCACAGCACCGUUCGCCGGCGCAGCUGUGUGCAAGCAUGGCCCGGCGCGGGUGCUGCAAGUCGCUACGGCUACAUUAGCUGCCGCCGCCACUGUAUUCAUGCUAUGUAGCGGCCGCACCGGCGCAUCCGGUGCGUGUUGCGCCUGCGCAGGUCGCAUCACCCACGGCGCGGCGGCGGCCAUGGCUGGUGUGGCUGGCUUGGCUUUAGCUGCUGCUGCCGUGUCCAAUGAACAGAGGGAUAAGGCAAUUGGCGCUUUGCUUGGGGCUGUCGCUUUAGGUGUUUUGGUAGGAUAUCCAUUCGGUGGGGCGUCUUAUAGCCUUUGGAGCCCUGGCGCCCCGUUUCUUCUGAUUUCGAUUGCUCUGUUAACUAAUUUAGUUAUGCAAAUUAUGUUCCUGGACCACGAGAAAUUCAAUCAGCCGAUUCACCAAUCAGAGACCGGCGUAUGGGGCUCAGCGUCCAGCAUGCUCCGUGUGGCCAAGAAGGAGUCAGUCGCCGCGUGCGUCGGCGCAGUGUUGCUGACGACCAGCGUCAUGGCGGCCCUGGAGCCGUGUUUGCCGCUGUGGAUCAUGACUGUCUUCCAUCCGCAGCGUUGGCAGACUGGCGUAGUGUUCGUCCCGGACAGCCUGGGCUAUCUGGCGGCGGCGAGCGCGCUGGGCGGCGCGCUCCACGCCGAGCGGCUGGCGCUCGCCGGGCAGCUGGCUGUCGGGCUCGCCGCGUUGGCUGUGCCGCUGGCUACUUCUGUGUCAGGCCUGGCGCUACCGCACGCGAUACUAGGCUGCGGGCUCGGAGCGACCGACGCGGCGCUCGUGCCCGCCCUCCUGCGCCGGCACACGCGGCACGUGCCGCACCUGGCUGCGCUGCUGCAGGCCACCUCGAGCUUGGCUUAUGCUCUUGGUCCAAUAGUGGGAGGCGUACUAUCCUGGUGCGUGGGCUUCGAGACAGCCCUCAGAACUCUUGGCGUUCUCAACCUGCUGUACGCCGGCUUCCUGUACCGGGCUCUCAUAGCUCAUCCACUUUCUGAACAGUGGGGAGCCAGCACACCAGAAGAUGACCCGGAGAGCGAAGAAGAAGGGACACCGUUGAGGCCGCAGAUAUACACGCCUCUGAACUAAACCAUGCUAUGAUUACAUGUAUUGC